AAAAGACCGACAAACAAAGAUUGGGAUUCAUCUCCAGGACCUCCUAAAAUAGAUCUUUGUCUUGACGAAUCAAUCGAUGCUUAUCCCUUGACGGGAAUUCACGGAUCAGACAGAUACAUACUUACUCAGCUUCCCAACACGCAAGAACUUGAUGAACAAUUUCUGAGGAUGGUUACUGAAAAAGACAUCAAAGUGAUUGUUUUCAUAUCUUCUAAUAGAAAGCACGAGCUUGAGAGAUAUCUGAGUUUUUGGCAUUCAUGUCCCCUCCGCAACGUUGAACCUAGAAGACGAUUUGACAGUUAUGAACUUUGGCCAUUAACGCUGUCACAGAAUGGCAAGGCGAAGACAACUUAUCUGUACCACCACUCCAAAUGGUUUGACGAAAAAUGCUUCUGCGAGUUCACGAAGAAUGUCAGGGAAAAUCCUGAAUACCUUACAAGACCAAUCGUAGUUUGUUCAAGCGAAGGCGAGGGCCCAAAUUUUGUGUACUGCAUUCUGGAUUGCAUGAUGGGCAUAAAGACAAGUGAAGGGUUUGAGGAAGACCUGAAUGAGUGUGCAAAACGUCUUGCAUGUGAGAGAAUGGGGUUAGUUAAGAACAAGAAAAACAUGCAACGACUGAGGAAGUGCUGUGAAUAUGUUUUACGCGAUGGCCAGACUGAAGUCAAACAGACUGAGUCCUUUUGUGUGACCUUUGGUGCAAGUCCCUGGAUAUGUCGUAUAGGUUUCAUUGUGUUACCAUUACUGUUUAUCGUUAUCAUAGCCUGCACAGGAAUCAUGAUAUAUAAGUGUAAUGAAUAGCAUAUACAUUGUGUGUACCCCCUUUAAAGUAAAACUGAAGCCAGAACUAAUGUUAAUUUUGAGAUGGUGUGUAUGGUCGAAGGAUUACAUCUCGGUUUGCUACUAUAUUUCUAGGUUUGUCAGAACAGUGCCUGUACUUGUGGGUAUCAGACAAAAUAUAUCCUAAUUUAGGUUUCCUCCCACUUUAAGCUGACAAUAUAUAACUGAAAUACUGCCUGAAGUGGCUUCAAUUCCACCUCAUUCAAUUUUGAAAAUAAUGUUAACUGCUGAAAUCAUAAUGCUUACCAUAGUUAUUCUUAUGUUCUUUGUCGUUUAAUUUGUGUUUGUGAACCUGAAGUUAUGGCCAUAAUGUUUCUUUUGGACGGGAUUACACAGUUCCAUACAAA